CGGAACCGCAUGCAUGUUGUGUCAACAUCUGUUCCAGGGACAUAAAGUCGUUCUUUGUCCCUUCUCUUGCUGACUAGCGAGGACAGGGAGAACGAAAAGUACUGUCCGAAGUUGAAGUGAUCGGUACUGCAGUCAUGACGAUUACUUGGUGAAAAAUCACCUAGAAUAGAUGGCAUGCGUGAAACUCAAACUAUUUCUUUCUGCGAAGCAGUAUUGUCUAUUCCUUAAGUUUGAUCCUGACGAACAGCAUGACAAGGAGAACGACGAUCGACCUGUGGUAGUAACGAAAAAUACAAAACAAGUAGCACACCUAGUCAUCAAAAUUAUUUCGCUGGUAUCUGGUGACUUACUGUUUCGUACAACUACAUCUAGAGCACACAGCAUUUACAAUUAUUGCCAAUGCAAGCCAUUCCGCUCAGUGAUUUUCAUCUUGCGUAGAUGUACCACAGCACUCAAGGAUUUAUCGCAGCUCACGCAUGAUCACGAGCCUCGCCACCAUACUCAUGUUGCCUUCGAUCUCGCGGUCCUGUUUUCUUUGUCUUUUGUUACGCUUUGUGGCUUUCGGGCAACUGGUUAGUCCAAGCGUACCGGAGGAAGCCGGAACAAGAGCAACACCGCGUAACACUUCUAAUCCGAAAAUCCGUCUGGCCGUUAUAGGCAGUACUUCGGCAUUUGCGAGAAAGGCCCACUUUCCAUCGCUGCGUGAGCUGCCAGAUCGUUACGAAAUCGUUGCAAAUUGGACGAGACAAGAAGUUUCGUAUAUCAGUUCUUUCAAUAACCGAGAUUAUAGUUGGUCAGAAACACCAGCGUCUCGCUACUCCAGCGGAGAGGACGCAGAAUUGGAAGGGCGCGGCGGAGGUAAGGCUAACGACGAUAAAACUAGUGAACGAAAUAAAUCUGCUCGUGUAAUUAUGAAGAUUGUUCGGCGAAGAAGUGACGCGAGUUUCGUUGACGAACCGGGCAAUCGAGAUGAUCGAGUCAAGAACUUUGAGGCCGAAGACUCCGAGGAGUCGUGGUAUAAUCGUACCUACGUGUUCCUUUUGCUUGCGAAUGGCAAAAAUCCUGAUACUCAGUAUUCUGGCGGCGUAGAGGAGUCACUUCCUCCGGUUCGAAUCGACGCCGUCCUCAUCAUUCUCCCAAUCGGGAUCAUGCCAAAGUUCGUUAACGCAGCCCUGGAACACAAUAUCCACGUGCUGAGUGAGAAACCAGUGCUGCCGGCCCUUGACGACGAAGCACGGAUCCAGAAGCAGUACCCGGCCCUGAGUCGCGUUUUGCAGAUACAAAAAGAAGAAACGCAAUCGCUGCAGGAGAAGAAGUCGUGUGCCCGCGGCAGCGCCGUCGCGACGAGUGAGGCAACUGCUGACGGGUCUUCACCAGCGCAAUGCGAUGUGGCUAGCACAGGCAGUUCUAGUAGUGCUACGACCUCUACCGACAAUGCUUCCGCCGCUGGCGAACGUCGCGUUACCACCAGGACUCCGCCAAUUUGGUUCGUCUCCGAGAAUUGGCGUUUUGAAUACGCGUACCGGAACUUCCUCGUGGACCAAAUUUUGAAAAACGACGUCAACAACAUCCGAACGACGGCGAAGUGGAUUGAUGUCAAGACGUUCUCCUACGUCUCGUCAGACCACGCUUUGACGAAGGGGCUAGGAAAUUGCACACCUCCUCCCGUUCGCUCGUGCAGGGAAUGAACAGCUGCAACACAAGAAGUAGUGAAGGAAUGCCAGGAAGUUCUCAAUCUCAUGCAAACUUUGCCAGAGUAAAGGAAGGCGAAGGCAGAGUGCGUUCCUAGCCGUGCCCGUGCCUAGUACACCCCUCGGACCUCAACACCCCCCCGCGGGCUCGGUAGCGCAGUUUCUUAAGCAUGACAGAUGCGAGACAGGGGAGUUGUGCACUUUCAUAAGGGUGGCGCAAGCACUCAAAUCUGAUGAUUGACGUCGGUGUGCACUACUGUGCAGCGAUCAGAAUGCUCGUGGAGGACGGGUUUGGUGCUUUUUCGAGCAAAGACAAUGAUCCCCUAGGGCACCUCAAGAUCGCACCAGAAAAAAAAUUGAAAAUGGAGCUGCUAUCAGCAGUGAGGCCGUUCGCGGUGGAACCGGCGCAGCAUACUCAACACUCACCUCCGUCACAAGACUUCGUAGCCACAUACCGGAUAAGAUUUGAUGACCGGCGGCAGCGCCAGCAGACCGGAACCGAUUUCACCCAGGAGACGAAUGUGCUACCACCUGGAGGUGGACGUACUGCGUCGGAUGACACGACCAGUGUUCUUGAGCCAGGUCAAGAACAUCUCACAGCCUCUGACUCUAUCGUUCUCGUUUGGUCUCACAGCUUCCGGACGUCGCACAAACUUCGCGCGGAGAAGAAAGCAAAGGGCCUGUCGAAUAUGGUAGUGCAAAUUUUCUACGGUGAGGACGGCGAGUCCUUGACAGUAGAUCGGUACGACUGGCAGUGGAAUGUCGUGAAGGGGCGGCCAGAGCGACGAGGCGUCGGCGAAGAUGAAAGCCAGGAGCGUGCUGCUGCCGGACCGGACGAACUUGAACAACAGGAGCUCUCGGGAUCUUUUCCAUUACAUUUCUCCGUGAAGGACUCGCUUUUAGAUUUUGCGGAUGCGGUUGACAACUCGGGGCGGCGCGGGUGGAUCGAGUGUAAUGCGCACGCCGCAGAAUCAGCCACACCGAAUGUUGGGCUCGGCGAAUCUAAAUCUGCGAAUUUCAAUGUAGCGACAGCCGGUGAAGCAGACGAUGUUGUGUCACUCUCGUCCUCUCGAGCUCACGGCGGUGGACGGAAUACUGCCUACGAAGCAUUAUUGGAUCUAAAGAUGAUGGAAGAAAUUCUAAACUUUCAAUUUUUGCAGAUCGAU